AAUUUUAUGUAUAAAAUAUACUUUGUAUGUAUUAUUAAUCAAUAUUUUAUGCUGUGUAUCGUAGCUCCAACUGUAUCGCGCAUGUUAAAUUAUGCAGUGGGCGACGAGGUAUUUCGAAAGGGUAUCACCAAGUAUUUCGCUACAAACUAUUUUCUUUAGGCAAAAUAUGGCGGUCACUCCCGAUGAUUUGGGGAGUGCUAUACAAAGUGCUAAAGACGAUGCUUCUUGGGUUUCUUAUAUGCGAGAUCAAAAAUUCAGAAUAAAAGAAGUGAUGGAUACGUGGAUAGUCCAAAAUCGUUAUCCUGUGCUGAAUGUAACGAUGAAUUACGAAACUGGUGAAGUGGCAAUAACACAAAAAUGUUUCCACGCAACUGAAGAUAUCAAUAAUAAAUGGUAGAUACCCAUAUCCUACACCGUUCCGGAUUUUUCCAAUACUAUGCUCAAUAAUCGGUUAAAACCAGAUGAAACUCUUAAAGUGCAAAUUAAUACAAGAGAUUGGAUUAUUGUCAAUCUACAACAAACUGGUAUAAAUCUAUAAAUUUUACGCUCUUUUAUA